UUUUGUAUGAAAACAAAGUCUUUCAGUAAUUAACAAAACUGUAAAAAUAAAAUGCCACCUGCCAUAAAAUGUAUCUACGUUUAGUGCUGUUAGGUUAGGUGACUGCGAUUAAUCUUACUUUCACACAAUUAGGCUACUCUGCCUUGAGCUUUCCUAGUUUCUUUUUUUUACAGUGAGAGCUACAGAAUUUUUUCUCCCAAUCUUGCCCUUUAAAGCUAUCCGACCCAACUGUGUGCAACCCAUGUGGUCUGCCUUUGGCAGACCCUAGGAUUAGCAGUGCUUUAAGUAGCGUCUAAAACCUGGCUAUUUGGAAGUUGUGUGCCAGGAAUGCACUGGUACUUCCACUCCCUGUUUCUCCUUCUCUUGUGAGCCAUGGGAAAAUCUCUGCCUUUUUUGUGUCCCCUCUCCCCGUUUGUUUGGUUGUAGAUAACUAGAUGGAAAGGGAGACUGGGAGAGAGAGAGAGAGCAAAAGGGAGAUGGGGGAAGGUAGAGAGAGGCAGAGAGGGAAAGACUGAGAGGAAAGGAGGCCGAGUGAGGCCCUGGAGACACACAGUUCUCUUUCAUAGCAGUUUGUUUUGGGGAUCCUGCCUUUGUUGACUGCAGCAGCAGCAGUGGAUGCUCAGCUCCCUCUUCCCUGGAUCCUAUUCUUACUGUUCACCGUCGUCCAUUUUACUCUGUGGGGGCUGAAAUGCCUCUAGAGAUCCCGAAGGAAACUCUGCUCAGGGAGUUAGUGUGCUUUAAUGCCGAGCGACAACCCCGUUUGGAUCUGGUCCUUGUUUUCCAACUGUCCCGAGGGGUAGGGAGGCUGCUGGAAAGUUCAAACAGACAUACUGCCUCAAGCUAUGUACGGCAGGCAAGGGCUCAGAGAUGAACAGUUUUGUCUGCACCGGUCGGCAGAAAAAGGAAUGCUCAUAACUCACAACUCGCCAAGAAGGAGAGGAUGUCUCAGUUUUUCAAAUUUUGCUCAAGGCCUCGCAUGUAUGACCAACAUGCAUUUGGUUGUUCCAAAGCAAACACUGGAACGGUUGUUUUAGCUGCUGCUCACCCUCACGGCGGACAGGUAGAAGUAGAACAAAGUAGAAAUGAGGAGAGAGUGCAGCCAGCGACCCACCGUCCUGCAGCCUGUUGCAGUGCUGCUGUUGAAUGCUGAGUAUAAGUCUCUAGGGUUAUGCAGGUGGCACAGAAGCUUUGCUCAGGCUUGUUUGACUUAUUAUUUUUUUUCUUCAUGUCAAAGGUUAAGGAUUAUGGCUGGGGUAGGAAUGCAGCCUGGAAGUGAGGGACUCGGAGAGCAACCGUAAACACCGCCACACUGUGGAGAGAAGUGUGAGUGUGUGUGCACAUGCGUGUGUGUUUCAAUCGGGCUAGAUUGUGCAUGCCUGUGUGUGUGAGGGAGUGCAGGGCCGUGCCAUGCUACUACUGAGCAGUCAGGCAACGGAGCGGACUAUCCCCGGGGCCACAAGUAAAGCUGUAACAGCCCACCAGUCAGGAGGAGGUAAGACCACGGUGGACCACAUUUCUGUCAUCCUGAAUGGAACUCUGGGCCGUGAGGAGGUGGGUUCGAGGUCGGUGGCGGGCCAGGCCGCCCGAUAUGCCGCACUGGAGCAAAGUCAUCCUGCAGCCGGGAGCACUGGGGCACGACAGCAGGCGCUGCAGGGGGAGGAGGGACGCUUCAGCCUGGGCAGGACACGGCAGGAUCUUGGCAGGUGGCCCUCCCUGAGCCACAUAAGCAGAGUGGAGAGGAGGAGGGAGGAUGCAGUGCAGGAGGAGGAGGAGGAGGAGGUAGAGAAGGAGGACGGGGGAGAACUGACAACGGACCGGUUUCUCCAACUGCAACAGCCCUACAAUAACUCAGCAGCAGCCCAACCUCCUCAGUCAGACUGGGAGACUACAGCGGUAGGAGUAGAGGUAGAUACAGCCACAGCAGCUCCAGAGCAACAGAAGACCCAGGUAGAGACCCAGGGGCAGGACAUUUCUCCCCAGUACGAAGGGUCUCUCCCUGGGCAUAAUGGUGGUGUUCUGGCUGGUGGUGGCCGUCUACCCCUGGCUGUGCUCCGCAGGAAGCCAUCCCAGGACAGUGCUGCGCCAGACAGCAGGAGAGUGGUGAGCAUGUAUGGAGCCCCAGCCUGGCAGCAACAAGGCUCGCUAAGUGACCAGGACAGAACAGACAAACCCAGGAGGCCCAGGAGUGUGUGCAUGCUGGGAGGCCCCAACCUCAAAACUGCCCUGUUGCAGCUUGGGUCCCACAGGUCCCACUCCGAGCAGAGCUCCAGAAGGGUGGCUACAGGAUUUCUGGACGGUCCCCCCCAGCAGUGCUGGACCAGGAGGGCAGAGCUGCGGGCGGUGGACGGCCUCAAGCCGGGGGUGCUUCCUCAGCGGACAGUGGCUGAGGAGAAGGUGGUCCCCAGGGUCCGGCAGCAGACCUGGAAACAGAGACCAGUCAGUAUGACAAUGUUGGAGCUGAGGAAGAAGGCCUCUGGGUCUCAGGACGAGCUGGAUAGCCAUAGGGGAAGCCAGGGGGGAGGUCUGUUCGGUCGCUGGAGGCUCUUUGGCCGACCAGCCCAGGACAAGGAGAAGGAUAAGGAGGGAGCCCGAUCCCCAGGUUCCAAGCCCCCCAGCAAGCUGGAUGUCCCCAAGAAGACCCUGAGCUCCCUACGCAGGAGUCUCAGUUUGCGGAUCAGGAGGAACCGGCCGCGGGGGAGAGUGGAAAUAUCCGAAGUGACAGCAGAGGAACGCUCACGCACUAAAAGUAUCGGGCAUGAGACAUCUCUCCCCUCGCGGCCCUUCUCCUACCUCACCGGGAGGUCCCUACCACCCCCUUACGAGAGGGACAAUGAUGGAGGGAUGCAGAACAUUCAGUACCACAGCCAGGGCAAGGUCAAGGUGAUGGAGGUGCCCUUCUACCCAGCCAGACUGUCCUCCUCCACUAAACCAGCCCAUGAGGAGCCCAGCGUGUGGCAGCUCAUAGCCAGCCGCUUUAGGAGGAAGGAGCAGCAACAACCGCCCAACGGUAAAUGUAAACUCCAGCCCCAACCCCCGAGCAAAGAGACUCAGACUGGCAAAUAUCCCCUGGCUGGGAAUAAAAAGCCUCAGUUAGUUUCCAUAGAGACUCUGGCAGGCGUCGACUGCAGCAAAGGUCAAGACUCUUUCGUCAACAGCCAAGAAUGGACAUUGAGUCGAUCAGUGCCAGAGCUCAAAGUGGGUAUUGUGGGUAAUCUGUCGAGCGGGAAAUCGGCCCUUGUCCACCGGUACCUGACAGGCACGUACGUGCAGGAGGAAUCCCCUGAAGGUGGUCGGUUCAAGAAGGAGAUGGUGGUUGAUGGACAGAGCUACCUGCUGCUGAUCAGAGACGAGGGAGGCCCCCCGGAGCUGCAGUUUGCAGCGUGGGUAGACGCUGUGGUGUUUGUCUUCAGUCUGGAGGAUGAGAUCAGUUUCCAGACAGUCUACAACUACUUCCUGCGUCUGUCCAGCUACAGGAACACAGCAGAGGUCCCCAUGGUCCUGGUCGGGACGCAAGAUGCCAUCAGUGCUGCCAACCCCAGAGUGAUCGAUGACUCGCGGGCCAGGAAGCUGUCCAACGACCUGAAGCGUUCCACCUACUACGAGACCUGCUCCACCUACGGCCUCAAUGUGGAGAGAGUCUUCCAAGAUGUUGCCCAGAAGGUGGUGGCUCUGAGGAAAAAGCAGCAGCUGUCUAUUGGUCCGUGCAAGUCCCUUCCCAACUCGCCUAGCCACUCAUCAGUCCCCAACGCAUCCCUCCCCUCUGUGCAUAUUAACCAGGCGGCGAAUGGUGGGGUUGCGUUCAGCGACUACUCCUCCUCGGUGCCUUCCACUCCCAGCAUCAGCCAGAGGGAGAUGCGCAUCGAGACCAUCGCCGCCUCCAACACGCCCACACCCAUCCGCAAGCAGUCCAAGCGCCGCUCCAACAUCUUCACAUCACGGAAAGCCAACAGUGAACAGGCAAAGACCACUGACAGUAAAACAGAUAGCAUAGGCAGUGGAAGGGCCAUACCCAUCAAACAGGGCAUCCUUCUGAAGAGAAGUGGGAAGUCCCUGAACAAGGAGUGGAAGAAGAAAUACGUCACACUUUGUGACAACGGCCUCCUCACCUACCACCCAAGUUUACAUGACUACAUGCAGAACGUGCACGGGAAAGAGAUUGACCUGUUGAGGACCACGGUCAAGGUGCCAGGGAAACGACCACCCAGAGCGGUCACCACUAUCGCCCCCACCGCCAGUCCCAAGACAAACGGGCUGACCAAGGACCGCAGCACCAUGCAGCUGGGCGUAGGCACCACAGGUGCGCCCCAUUCUAACAGCAAUACAUCCCUCCAGUCAGAGCGUUCGGUCAGCGGAGGAGGUCUGGUGGGCUUCGGUGGCAGUAAGGACAGCAUGCACCAACGCUCCUUCUCUGUUUCCAGUGCCGACCAAUGGAACGAGGCCGUCAUCAACACCAGUGCAAGCACCGGGGCCGCCAACGGGAUGGGCGAGCCCCUAACCUGCAGCUCUGGAGUGGGCAGUGCUACCAGUCCCAAGCUGGAGCCUCCCCCCUCACCUCACGCCAACCGCAAGAAACACAGACGGAAAAAGAGCACGGGCAUCACCAAGCCAGACGGGCCGUCUGCAGGCAACGAAGAGUCGGAGGAGUCGUUUGAGUUCAUUAUCGUGUCUCUGACAGGCCAGAUGUGGCAUUUCGAGGCGUCUACGUUUGAGGAGAGGGAGCUGUGGGUCACAGCCAUCGAGAGCCAGAUCUUUGCCAGCCUGCAGUCCUGCGAGAGCAUGAAGAAUAAGUCCCGGUUAGGCAGCCAAAGUGAUGCAGCGUCCAUUCAGUCCAUAAGGAACGUGAGAGGGAACAGCAUCUGUGUGGACUGUGAUGCAGCCAACCCGGAUUGGGCCAGUCUUAACCUGGGGGCUCUGAUCUGUAUCGAGUGUUCAGGGAUCCACAGGAACCUGGGGACCCACCUGUCAAGGGUCCGCUCCCUGGACCUGGAUGACUGGCCCGUGGGGCUCAGCAUGGUGAUGAUGGCCAUAGGCAACGCUAUGGCCAACAGUGUCUGGGAGGGGGCCCUGGAGGGGUACACGAAGGUGGGCGCUGACAGCACCAGGGAGGAAAGGGAGCGGUGGAUCCGGGCUAAGUAUGAGCAGAAGCUGUUCCUGGUGGGUCUCCCCCAGUCGGAUGUGCCCCUGGGGCAGCAGCUGCUCCGGGCCGUGGUGGAGGACGACCUGAGGCUGGUGGUGCUGCUGCUGGCCCACGGCACCAAGGAGGAGGUCAACGAGACGUACGGAGACGGGGACGGACGCACCGCCCUGCAUCUGUCCUGCGCCAUGGCCAACGUGGUCAUCACCCAGCUCCUCAUCUGGUACGGUGUGGACGUGAAAAGUCGGGACGCGCGCGGCCAGACGCCGCUGUCCUGCGCCCGGCGGGCAGGAAGCCAGGAGUGUUCUGACAUCCUGCUCCAGCACGGCUGUCCCAAUGACCCGGUCAGCAGCCUCACCACCCCCAACAUGAGCCGCAGAAACCCCAAUGUUAACCCCAACCCUAACGUCAACAACAACAAUGCCCUCAGUGAGCUCAACCGCAGUGUCAGUAUAAUGUAGGACCAGGAGUGGAUCAUCCCAGAGCAGACCGGAGUAGACUUGACUCACCGAUCACCAAGGCCGUGAACAUAAACACACUGUGUCCCCAUAGAAGACCCAGUGACCGUACUACUCUCCCAGUCCCCAUUCUCCUCCUAUUCCACUUCAUACUGUGUAACCUAAACUGAAUGACUGACAGUGGAGGCUUUUUUGGGCGCAACGGACAGGAUAGAGAUAUUCCAAGAUGCUGAGAGAAGCAGGCUUACCUGGUGGAUAUUGUAUAUUGUACUUGUUUGGUUGUUGUUUUCUCAUAUCAUUGGCACAGCGGUACUGUCUGUGAGUAACAAUCAUGAUCAGUUUAAAGCUUUUUAUUGUUAUUAAGCAUCAACCAAAUGAAUGGCUCACCCCUCCCCUCUCUAGUAAAACAGUUAAUUUCUAUGCUUGAACAUUUUCUUUCCUGUCGUCCUCUGUUGGAGCCAAACUGUGUUUAUAUUGUGCUGUUUGAUGAAAUGACAAACUCCCUCCCAUAAUGCUUUUAUCCCUAUAUAGAGAAAGAUAAACACCUUCAUAACCUUUUGCUUUUAGAUACUCCAAAGGAACUUCCAUGUUGGACGCACAGCGUUUACUGAGUGGUAUCAUCCAUAGUCAUACAGGAAAGAAACUAUUCCUAUAGAUAGUGUAAUAGGGUUUACAACAAGUCCUCCAUAGCCCACCAAUUUCAGAAUUCAGAAGGUUCUAAAUUAACCAGUUAGUAUUGGUACUAUGAAGCCAUCAAACUCUUGACAUGCCAUUCAUGUAAAAAAGCAACGCAUGUCUAGGUGGAAGGUCAAAAAUGAUUGAAAUACUUUACUUACGGGCAAAAGGUUUAAAUCAUAAUUUGACAUUUCAGAGAUGAUUACACAAUGGGAGAAUUUUGGGAGAUAGUUAAGUGAGUCAUUUGUUCUUCCACCCUGAUCACGUCCCGCUUGCAAAUCAUCCAUGAUUAUAAGGGAAUUGAGGGUCUGUUUUAUGAGCAUCAUGUCGAUUGGUUUUUGUAAAAAUGCCUCUUCAAUCAGAAAUCAUUCAGAGGAAUGAUUGAAGGAAGGAAAUUGUAUCAUUAAGAGAUCUUUGUUGGAGUAAUUUUUGGAUGGAUUUGAAGAGUGUUGAUAACUAUUUGACACAGAUCACAUAACCUGGCCCCUGCAGGCAUAAUGGAAUGUCUGUUCACCUCUUGUAGCCGAAGGCCCUGUAUAUUGGUACUCAUGAUUAUAUGUCUUUUGUUGAUGUGAACUAUGUGGUGCGUGUGUGGGUGUGUGCGGUGCACGUGUGUGUGAAUGAAGGAGAGACAGGAAGUGACUGGGUAAAUCUGUGUACGGACACCAUUGGGAGAAAAGGCCAGCAUUUAUAGUUGCUUGACUAAAAGGUUUUUGGAGCAAAAAAAGGUGUUUUCAAGUACAGACCACUGUAACAAGCAGGGGUUGGAACCGAAAACAGGAAAAUAACAUUUUUGUGAAACAGAAGCGAGGAAAUUAUCUGUUAUUAGACCUGUUAUUUUAAAAGCAUGGGAACCGGUUAAUAAUGUUAUUUUAUGUUUCGGGGGAUUUUUUUCCAGGCACACAAAGAAACGCAACAAAGAGCCUAUGCAAAGCCCUCACUCUGUCACUCAGAAACGUAUUCCAGUGCCUGCAAGCUGGAAAUCUUUGCCUGUGCGUGUUUAGGCUACCCCCCCCCCCCCCCCUACCCCCCGAAGCAUAGGCUACUGUACUGACAUUACAAGUGUGAUUCAGAAGACGGGGAGAGAUUUUUUAUUGGCUAGAGAAGAAUGGAUUCACUAUUUUCAAUGCUAGUUAAGGAUACUAUAGUUAUCACGUUUCACAUUGGAUUUAUUAACUACGAAAAGGAAGACGUUUUGAUUAUGGUGCCGCUCUGCACAAACAAGCUGGUUAAAUAGCUCUGGUCCAGCAUUAAGCCAGCCCUCGGAACUCUCAGAGUGGACCGGACUCACCAAUCACCAAGGCCCAGCGCUUGCAUAGAAACCGCUCCUCUGUAGGUAGGGUAUAAUUCGGUGGGAUUAAUUUGGAUAAUGCAUGUCAUAACAAGCCAAGCCUCCUCCUCCACCCUCUCGCUCUCCCCACCCAGGGGAAUCACAUCUCGCCCCCUACACUUGUCUGUCCAUCACACAUGUUAACAACUAGUUUGCCCGCUCCAUAGCAAGCUGCUCUAUCUGCACUGAUUGGUGAAGUCAUUUAUUGAACUAAAUGUAAAAAACUGUUCAUUCCACAGGCCAAAAAGGAAUGAUAGAAAAUGGAAUGGUUCAGUACUUUAUUUUGCUGGUCGGAACAGUGGAACGGAAUAAAAUAAAGUGGUGGUUCUGUUCAGAACGAAACGAUUGGAAAGUACGAUUGGUUGGUUGGUUCCAACCCCUAGUAAACAGUAGCUCGUCCUCCAAUAAGACUUAUCCUGAAGUGGUGUGGAUUAACGUUGACUACUGGAGUCAUUUUGAAGCUUUCCCUCUCAAUUCCUCUACAACCAAUGUGACUUUAACGAACCAUCCAACCCCUCACCCUUACUCAAGGGACCAAAACAGGUACAUUCAAGUGUCAAACCAUGGAGAUAGAGACUAAAAGGGUCAAGAUGGGAUGGAGAGAAAAGCCAAGAUAACUUGACAGUUUUUAUGGUAAUUCUUCAUGAUAAUAUCAUAUGUGUAUAUAUAUAGACGAGACAAAACAAGAUGGAGGAGGGACUUUCACAACAGGAACAUUCAAGUGGUAUUGGCAUAAAGUAUAUAGAGACGUUUCAUUUUCCUCGCUCUUCUGCCGUUUUAAGGUUUGAAAUUAAACCCCAGUUUUCUGGUCUUUAAAUGUACUAUGGCAGUGUUUAUGUUUACAGGGCAAAGGCUCUUCAUAUUAACGCUGUUACAUUAUCUACAUGGUUUUGUUAUUUCCCAGCAAGCUAAACUGGUUGGAAUUAAUGUCAGUACAACCUGGUUACAACCAUAUUAUAACCUGGUUGUAAACUGGUUGUAAUGAGGACAUUUAAACCAGCUUUGCCCCCCUCCCCCCCUGUGUUCCCUCAGUAUUUGUAGUUUAUUGAAACCCACAAGAUAAAAGAUGUGGUCAAUCAGGAAUAGUGUCAAAUACAGUAUUCACUUUCAUCGAUGUUGUCCUGAAUUGGCCCUCGGAUUCAACCAAAUGACAUUUAGACUGAUGGUCAACAGAGCUUGUAGACAGCCUUACGUUAUAACUACAUUGACGAGUUGGCCUUUUCCUUUGGUGUACAGUAGGUGUACACACCACCAUGGCACCAACGUAUUUCAAUGAAUUCUCAAGUACAUUUCAAAGUAUGUCUGAUAUACGGUAGUAGAUUAUUUCCUAUAGAGGAGUUUGACUUAUAUACUUACCUGAUGCCAUAGGACCAUAUUCACCCUUGUAAUAUUUCCCUUCCCCACUACUCUUAACGCUGCCUGACUAUAACCAUUAUUCUAAGCAAAAUGUUUCCCCCCAAAGACGGCUGUUCUGAUAUGGCACCCUAUUGCCUAAAUAGUGCACUACUUUUGACCAGAGUUCAAUGCGAUACCUGGUCAAAAGUAGUCCACUAUAAACGGAGUAGGUUACUAUUUCGGACGUACCCAGGAUGUAGAUAUGGGUCCAAGAUUCUCUAUGACCAGACAAGCUCCCAGUCAAACAAUUGAAAAUAUUUUUGUUUUUUACAGUCAGUCUUCCUUGACUUGUAAACCCUAUUUUGAUAUCUUUUAAAUUUUUUCAUCAUUGUUCUUAAGCAUAUUUUUAGGUACUUUGGUUAGGUCUCAAUGUAGCUACAUUAUCUGACCAUUUGAGGUACUUUGUGUAUAAUGAUGUACAUUUGACAUAUUUAUAAUGCAGUAUGUAAAUAUUGUUUGUUUUUGUUUAAUUUUCCUGUUGUAUUUUUUUCUCUCUUUACGUUCGGAACGUGAGACAAAGCAUAAAGCUAAAGAGUUAGCUGCUGUGUGCUUGGAUGCUUGGCUGACUGUUGACCUAUUCAUCAAACACUCCAAUAAAACUAUGUAGCCUUUCCUGGAUUUGGGAAAUAACAAAA